AAAAGCUUCUGCAUAAAAAAAAUCUACUACAUCGAUCACUGUCCUUGGCAGAUGGGUAGGUGGCACCUUAUCGCCUAUCAUGUAUUGUUGCUUUUCAUCUCGUAAAAUAAGAAUUUUAUCUUACAAUUCGGGAUUUGGAAAUGAAAAAAGGUGAUAGUCGAGCAAAUAAGACAGCAUCCAGUAUAUAGUCAUAACUCAGUAGUCGUUUUUUACUUAAUCAAUAAGGAAGGAUGAGAGAGAUCAUAAGCAUACACAUUGGUCAGGCCGGAAUUCAAGUUGGCAAUGCUUGCUGGGAGCUGUAUUGCCUCGAACAUGGCAUUCAACCCGAUGGCUUGAUGCCUAGUGUCGGGAAGCAUGUACCCAUGGCCGUUUUUGUGGAUCUCGAACCCACUGUUGUUGAUGAAGUUCGGAGUGGGCCCUACCGGCAGCUGUUCCAUCCGGAGCAACUCAUUUGCGGCAAAGAGGAUGGUGUCAACAACUUUGCCAGGGGACACUACACUACACAGUUGGUAAGGAUAUCAUUGACCUUUGCCUGGAUUGCGUGAGAAAGUUAGCCGACAACUGCACUGGUCUACAAGGCUUCUUGGUGUUCAAUGCCCCGUGGGUGGCGGUACUGACUCCGGCCUCGGCUCUUUGCUCCUCGAGGUCGAUUAUGGCAAAACUAGGCUUUACCAUUUAUCCAUCCCCCAGGUUUCAACUACUGUGGUGGAGCCUUAUAACAGCGUUUUAUCGACUCACUCUCUGCUCGAGCACACAGAUGUAGUAGUCCUUCUGGACAAGGAAGCAAUUUACGAUAUUUGCAGGAGAGCAAGAGGCCUACCUACACCAAUCUAAACUGCUUAUUAAUUUCCCAAAUAAUCUCAUCCUAACCACAUCAUUAAGGUUCGAUGGUGCAAUCAACGUGCCUCCCGCGCAUCCACAUCAUGCUCUCGUCUUACGCUCCCGUCAUCUCUGCAGCCAAGGCUUACCACGAGCAGUUGUCUGCCCCAGAGAUCAUGAGCUCGCCUUCUAGCAUGAUGGACAAAUGCGACCCUCGAGACAGAAAGUACAUGGCGUGUUGCCUAAUGUACCGUGGGGACAUUGUGCCCAAGGACGUGAAUGCCACAAUCAAGACGAAGCGCACGAUUCAGACAGGAUUCAAGUGCGGGAUUAACUACCAGCCUCUGGCAAUGGUCCCGGGCGGGGAUCUGGCGUGGGUGCAGCACGCGGUGUGCAUGAUAAGCAACAAUUACACGGCGGUGGCAGAGGUUUUCUCGCGCAUCGACCAUAAGUUUGAUCUGAUGUACGCGAAGACUGCGUUUGUGCAUUUGUACAGAGGAUGGAGGAAGGGGAGUUUUCCGAGGCGUGGGAGCAUCUCGAGAAGGAUUAUGAAGAAGUCGGUGCAGAGGAUGCAGGAGAAGAUGAGGAUGAUGAUGGAGUAGAGUACUGAAAACUGCAUUGCCAUUAGUAGUCAUUGGGUGUGGACAGGGGCGAAACCAUGUGUAUGGUUGGGAUGGCGCCGGCCCCCCCAAAAAAAAAAAUUUCGAACUAGGGGUGAGGAAUUUUGCUGGAACUGGAAGAUUUUCCUUUGAGCGCGCAUGUUGGGCCCUCCCCGAUUUCAUACGGUGCAUACAUGGCCGGAGGGGCGCCACCGAUUUUGUCGCGAAAAUUUUGUUCACGUGGAACUGAAGGAAUCUGGCUGGACAAGAAGAACUAUAACAGCAGCAGAAUUUAAUAUUUUUUUUAUUUUUAUUCUAUUUUGAGUUGGUUAAUU